AGACGGGCAGGCAGUCAGUCAGACAGACAGGCAGGUAGGCAGUCAGUCAGGUAGACAGGCAGGCAGUCAGUCAGACAGACAGGCAGGCAGUCAGUCAGACAGACAGACAAACAGGAAGUCAGCGGCAGGCAGUUAGUCAGACAGACAGACAGGCAGGCAGACAGACAGGCAGAGCCAACUGACACAUCCGUUCAGCACACCUAUAAUGGAUGGAGCCAGCUGCAGCAGGUGAACCUGUCCCACUCCUCCACCAUCAGCUCCUUCUCAGCAUCAAUUAUAACCGAAUCAGAUCUGUCAGCACUAAUCACUGACUCCCUAAUUGGCUAGAAAGGACCUCAAAGGACAUGACAUGAAUAAGUCAUAAUAUAAAUAAAAAUAUAAUAACAAAAGACACACGAUGCAGCAUUUAAUAUGUUUUUAAUGGACUUUUUUACUUUACUUUACUGACGGAUCACAGUGAGCACUUAGUUGCAUAUUUACGGUAAUCAACGACCUCAGUGGAAGUCAGCUUGUCGUUCUCUACAGUAGCUUUGUUUUAUUCUACUGUACGUCCGUGCACGCGGACGAGCCGCAGUCGUCACUAAACCGAACAGCAAGUCCCGCGGAGCGCAUCUGUCUCUCCGUGCCAGAGCCGCGGCUGUUUGUACGCGUUCACGGGCCCGCGUGUGUGCCUGUGCGUGGACACGUGAGAUGGAGAGCGGCGGCUUCCAGAGACAGGUGCUGUCCGUCAUGGAGGUGCUGGCGGCGGCGGCGGUGGCGGAGAUCAAGCGGCGCGUGGACGACAGCUGCGCGCUGCUGCGGCUGGAGGUGAGCCAGAGCCGGCGCGACAUCGCCCUGCUGAAGCGGAAGUGCGAGGCGAUGGAGGCUGAGCUGAGGAGGAGCAGGAUGCGCGCCAGGCGCAGAGGCGACGACAGGACGGAGCAGCAGCCUCACCCGAGGUCCGCGGACGCGGCCGCGGCGCGCGCUUCUCCUCCAGCCGCGGAGAGUUCGUGUCCGGGGACAGAGUGGAACGGGCCCCAGAUGUUGCAGUGCAUAGACGCUGACGAAGCUGAACGUGUCAAGGAGGAACGUUCAGAGGACGACGCGUGGAAGAGCAAUCUGGAGAACAGUCAGAGUGAGUUCAAAUUUUCUGGACCCGAGGAGCCAUGUUAUCGAGCCCAUCUGCUCAUACAGACUGAGAACUUUCUGGACCACUCAGCUGAGAAGCCCAACAACACUGAACCAGCAGCUUCUCCUCCCGGGGGCAAUGAUACAUUCCCUGAGCAGCUGAGCCAAAACCAGGACGAACAAAAAGUUGUUGUCAAGCUGGUGAAAGAGGAGCCCGAUGAGAACGCAGCUCCGCUCCACUCGGGCCACAGGUUUAUGACACAGGAAGGCGACGGCCAGAUGUGGUCCAACAGAGAUGGGGGCGAGUCGAACUUCUCGUGCGCCGGGCACGAGUUUGAGCAGGGACCAACUGUGGAUUUACAGGGAAUGGUGCGGAAAUCAAUAAUGGUGAGUGCAACACGAAUGAAAAGACGCAGAAGGUGCAAGAGGCCACAAGCACAUGAAGCUUUAUCGCAGGUCAACUCAGAUCAGAGCCCGAUUCCUCAACAGUCACAGGAUCAGUACAGAACCUCCGGCCCCCAAGUGAGGGACCCAGACGAGCUUCUGAGGGCGCCAAAUCCAGGAGGUUCUGCCUUUCGCGGAUGGGGCCUCGCCAGCUCGAGCCUGGCGAGGAGGAUGAGGGCGAGGGCGCCCUGGACGUCCGGCAUCGGCGAGAAGAGGUUCAACUGCACCUACUGCGACAAGAGCUUCAUGAGGUUCAGUCAGCUCAAGGAGCACCAGAGGAGCCACACGGGGGAGAAGCCCUUCAGCUGCCUGCUGUGCGGCCGCAGCUUCACCAAGCAGUGCAACCUGAUCCGGCACGCGGUGGUCCACAGCGGGGAGAAACCCUACGGCUGCUCGCUGUGCGGGAAGUGCUUCACGCAGCGCUCCAGCCUCAAGUCCCACCAGAAAACAGCCCACUGAAGCGGAUUUAGCUGAAUCAGCACCAGAAGCUGCAAGCUUCCGCAUUAAACCACAACAAUAUUAUAUUUGAUAUGUGUCAAAUGUGUGUGAAGACAGAGGGUAAACUGUGGGAGGUCCCAGCGGAGCCUCUGCCUCUUCACACAGCAGAGAUUAUGUACAAACUUUCUGUCUGUGAACUGAAGACCAGCUGAGGUCCAGGGCUGAUGUGUGUGUCGUACCUGUUCAUUAAUGGAAAGUCUGAAACUUUCAGCACAAUGAUUUUGGAAAAUAAAGCUGUAAGUAGAGGCUUCA